AUGCUUUCUCUUCUUUUCACAGCCACCGUGCUGCUUCUUGUCCGCUUCUCGAGUGCCGCUGUCAUCAAGCCCAGAGCCGAUUCCUUCAAGCUCUAUGCGUAUGGUUCCGACAUUCCGGAAGGCUUGAGUGUCUUCAUUGCAGACGGCGUAGCCUAUGCGGGGACAGAUGUUCCUGCGGACGCAACAAGCAUUGCGAACAUUACAUUGUCGACCGAGGAUAGCACCAGCGGAACCUGGACCGUCACUACCGACAGUGGCGAUUCUUUCGCAUGGGGCAUCACCAAUUCCGGCGGCGACCUGGAGACGGUCGGCAUCGUGAACUCCACGACGACCAUGACUACAUCAGGAUUUGGUCUAUACGGAGCAUGGGCGUACCAUCUCUCUGAUGCAGGAGAGAUCCAAAUGAACUAUCGCGCCGUUCCCACCGGCACCGAAGGUCUCUAUGCCAUCAAAUGGGCGGCAGCUUCUACCACGGUUGAUGACAGUGCCCUGUUGAUCAAUCUGAGGACUGCGUCGCCCGUGCCCAUUUCGGACAAGAACUAG